CGAGAAUGCCUUUGAAAUAAUCUGCACUCCCUUAUAUUCCAAAUUCCAGCGUCACAGAUUGUCAAGAAAUUUGGGGGACACAGUCAUUUGAGUGACCACACACACAAAUGCAAGCACGUUUUGUUUGCUUAUUACACGGUAGGAUCUGAAACUGCAAAGAGAUACAGCUGAUUGACAUUAGACAGUUGCUGAAGAGUAAGACCUUAUAGCCCGAUUUUGAACACUAAAAACCAGUAACUGUAAAGUGGGUAAAACCCCCCACCAGUGCUGCUCCUCAGCGAGGCAAGCGCUCGUAGCGGAAGUGCAGCGACUUGAUCUGCUGACAGAGAAGAGAGAAAUGGCGCCCGGUAACUCAGACUGAACGAUUUACAAACAGAAACACGCUGUUCAGAGCAUUUAGGGACAGCAAAGCGAUUGACAGAAGAAAGAGAAAAUGGUGAACACCAGGAGGACUUCUGUACCUGCUUCCCCUAUUCCUUCUUCCACUCCCAGCCAUUUUAUCUCCUCUAGGACAAGGUCUGCCAGGAACAGAAGCAGACAAAAGGGAGCUGAGCAUAAACGCACAGAAAGUGAGGCAAGUUUAAGUGAUGGCCAUUCUUCUCCACCAUGUAAGCGAGCCAGCAGACAAGUAGAACCUAUGCAUGCCGAUUCUUCGGAUCAGCGUGUCGUUGGGCAGAGACCGGAAUGGAGUACCUCAAGUAAACAGUUGAGGUCUGGUUCUCAGUCUGCUUCUUCACUACAGUCUGGACAUAGCAUGGGUGCUAGAAAGCACUCUAAUCGAGAUGCAGAUGAAGAUGAUAGCCAUGUUGAUAGAAGUGGAGUUACAGAAGCCAGACAAAAUUGUCGACCAAGUAGGAGUAGAAUUGACACCUUGAAUCAAAGUUUGCUGUUUGAUCAACUAGUGAACAGUACUGCUGAAGCAGUCCUUCAGGAAAUGGAUAACAUCAGUAUCAGGCGUAACAGAGAACUGGAAAGGCUAAGAAUGUGGACAAACACAGAACUUGAAAACAUGGAUAUGUAUUCUCGGGUGAAAAGAAGAAGGAAGUGUCUUAGAAGGAACAGUUAUGGAAUGCAGAAUCAUCGUGAACCAUCCACUGAAGGUGAAGAAGAAGAAGAAGAAGAGGAAGAGGAGGAGGAGGAUGAUGAGGAUGAGGAUGAUGAUGAUGAUGAAGAUGAAGUGGAUGAAGAAGCAGAAGAAGCUGAAGGAGAAGAAACUGACAGACCUUAUAACCUCAGACAAAGAAAAACUGUGCAGAGGUACCAGGCACCCCCUAUAGAGCCCACCAGUAGAAAGCAAAGACGUAACACGAUUUUUGACACUCAUAGAUCUCCUGCAAGAAGAAGCCAUAUCAGGUUUAGAAAUGUAUUUGACUGGAAGCAAUCUGGAGCUGUGCCAGAGAUUAGGAGACUUUAUGGCCUUAUUGAGGAUGAGAUUCCAUGUGUUUUGGCUGUUCCUGCUCUGUUACUGGCAUUAGAAGAUUUCUGUAAAACUGUAUGUAAAACCCCUUUGGCUAUUGAACAAGUUCCAAAAGAGGCUGUGAGGUUUAUGUUGCACUGUGCUUACACUUUUGAUAAUUUUGCUGCAUCUUUACUUGCUGAACAGAAGUUUUACAUGAAUGAGACUGUUUCUAGUGUGACUCGGGUUUCAAAACAUGCUGUUAGUGUCCUGAAUGUUGUGUACACAAUUUCUAGAAGUGUAGCUGCUUCUGUUGUAUCGAGAAGAUCAAGUAAUCGUACCAAAAAACUUGGCCUGCGUGUCUUGAACAUGCCGACCUAUGGAAACGCGUAUCCAGAUCUUUUGGCCAGUUGGCAGAAGAUCAAUUUGGACACGGGUUGUGCCUAUUUGAAACUUUUGAUCGAGUACUUCUCACUUGUUGAGGCUGAAUUAGCCAAACAGAUUAGAGAAGAGCAGUGUGAGCUGACACGAUGUUUGGGACUGGAUGCUUCAGAUAUUUUUCUCAAUUACAUCAUAGAAAAAGUGAAUGCAUAUGAACAACGUCUCCUAAAUGUGAAGAAGAAAAAGCUGGUUUGGGACAUCAAUGAUUUUCAUAACCAGCACGUCUUUGCAUGGCCUAGAACACAGCAUACUGCUAAUCGUACUGACAGAGAUUCUUCUGUUCCUACUGAGGGGGCAAAGAAGCACAUUUUGGCAUCAUCCACUUCAAUUUCAGCCCCUGUGCAGGGGGCUAUUGUUGAGCCCCCGGAUACCAUGAACAUGGGUGGAAAUUUAUGCACUGAAGUGACUUUACCGGAGCCUCGGAGUUCGGUGUAUUCCAUGCCAAUGAUGGACUGUCCUGGUGUUACUAAAAGUACUGAACUAGCUACCCACAGUGACUUGGGUCCACUGGUUAGAAGGAAGAUACUGCCCCCACAGUCUCAGCUGGAUUUUCCGAUUCUGCCCCUCCCUAUUCGUACGAGGAGGAAAUACUCUUUCGACAACGAAACACAGAAAGGACAGAAACGCAAAGAACCCCUUUCUGUCCAACAGCACCGUUCCUUGAAAAAGAUAUGUUUGCCAGUCAAUUUAAGGGCUGAAGAUUUAGCAAGUGGGAUUUUGCGUGAGCGUGUCAAAGUUGGUGCCAGUUUAGCUGACGUGGAUCCUAUGAUUAUAGAUACAUCAGUUCGGUUUGACGGCAUAGGUGGACUAAGUCAUCAUAUUCGUGCAUUGAAGGAGAUGGUUGUGUUUCCACUUCUUUAUCCAGAAGUAUUUGAACGAUUUAAAAUUCAACCACCAAGGGGCUGUCUUUUUUAUGGUCCUCCUGGAACUGGUAAAACCUUGGUUGCUAGAGCUCUGGCCAAUGAAUGUGGUCAGGGUGAAAGAAAAGUGGCUUUCUUCAUGAGAAAAGGAGCAGAUUGUCUCAGCAAGUGGGUUGGUGAAUCCGAAAGGCAACUCCGGCUUCUGUUUGAUCAGGCACAUCUGAUGAGACCUUCUAUAAUCUUUUUUGAUGAAAUAGAUGGUCUGGCACCAGUUCGGUCCAGCAGACAGGAUCAGAUUCACAGUUCUAUAGUGUCAACUCUUCUUGCACUUAUGGAUGGGCUCGACAGUCGAGGUGAAAUUGUCAUUAUUGGUGCUACAAACAGACUUGAUUCAAUAGACCCAGCACUCCGGAGACCUGGUCGUUUUGACAGGGAAUUUCUUUUUACUUUGCCUGAUAAAAAGGCGAGAAAGCACAUUUUACAAAUUCAUACCAGGGAUUGGAACCCGAAGCUGUCUGGUGCUUUCGUAGAAGAACUUGCUGAAAAAUGUGUAGGGUUUGACAACCCCAGUGGUAUUGUAGAUGACAUAAUUUGGAAUGAUGAUGAUGAGGAAGCAGUAUCAAUUUAUGAUAUCGGUCAUCACCCAGAAACACCAAAGAACUUACCGGCAACCACUGCACAUAAACCCUUUCUUCAUUUUACUACUUCAGCCUGCUGCCAACCAACUUCUUAUCGGCCAAGAUUGCUCUUGUCAGGGGAGAAAGGCUCAGGUCAAAGUUCGCACCUUGCACCAGCUCUGUUGCACUGUCUUGAAAAGUUCUCAGUCCACAGACUGGACUUGCCAGCACUUUAUUCUGUUAGUGCCAAAACACCAGAGGAAUCCUGUGCACAAAUCUUUCGAGAAGCUCGAAGAACAAUCCCUAGUAUAGUUUACAUGCCUCAUGUCGGUGAAUGGUGGGAAGCGAUCAGUGAUACUUUGAAAGCUACCUUUUUGACUUUACUGCAAGACAUACCAUCAUUUUCUCCAGUUCUGUUGUUGGCUACCUCUGAAAUUACUUAUGGGGAUCUGCAUGAAGAGGUUAAACACAUUUUCAGUAUACAACAUAAAGAAGUGAUUAGUAUUAGCAGACCUAGUGAAGAGGACAGACGUCGUUUCUUUCAAGAUCUUAUUUUAAAUCAAGUGGCACAACCUCCUCCUAGAAGGAAAAAAGCUGCAGUGCAGAUGAUGGAAGAGUUGCCACUAGCAUUGCCACCAACACCUCGUCAACUAUCAGAAGAAGAAAAAAGAAAACUUGAAGAACAAGAAGAAAAUACCUUGAGAGAACUGCGACUGUUUCUCAGGGAUGUUACCAAACGACUGGCCACUGAUAAACGAUUUAAUGUCUUCAGCAGACCUGUGGAUAUUGAUGAGAUUACAGACUAUCUUGAAGUUAUCAAAGAGCCAAUGGAUUUAUCAACCGUGAUGACGAAGAUUGACAAACAUCAGUAUUUAACUGCCAAGGACUUCCUGAAGGAUGUUGAUCUCAUCUGCAGUAAUGCUUUGGAAUAUAAUCCAGACAAGGAACCUGGCGAUAAAAUAAUUCGACACAGAGCUUGUACCCUGAAGGACGCUGCACAUGCCAUAAUUGCUGCUGAAUUAGAUCCAGAGUUCAAUAGAUUAUGUGAAGAUAUACGAGAAAACAGGAAAAAGAGGGGCAUAUCUGUGACAGCAGAAGAAACAAUUUGUCAUGGCUUUGGGCCACAUAAAGCAGAUAAUGGGGAUAAAGAUUCACUUCAGACUAAACAGGGAGGCAUUGCUGAAGCUGGUUACAAUUCUACAAGUAAUUGGCCAAAUAAAGUGAAGAAAAAAACAAGACGGCGUUCACAGUGGGGUAGGGGCAUUAUCAAGAAGAAAAAGUACUAUUUCAAGAAGGAUGGAGAUGAUGGCAAGAAUGAUGAUGAUGACAACAAUGAAGAUCAGGGAGAGGAAAGUGAAGUAAUGGUGAAUGGUGACAUAGAUAUUAGCACAGACUGUCAUAAGGAAAAUGGGGAAGAGACUGAAGACUUUUCCUUAACCAAUGAUGAGUCAUCAUGUGAUUUUAUAGAUGGAGACAUAAGACAGGUUAAUAACCAUGACAGAGAGAAGGAAAAUGGUCAUAUUAUAUCAACAGAAGAAGAAAAUUCAAAUGAAUCACCACUGGUAAACAGCGGACAUUCACCUUCACAAACUAGAGUGAGAGUUCUUAAAAAAAGUUCAUCAAAAGGACGUUGUUUAAAUGGUGAUGUUUCCACAGAAUGCUUUAAUGGUGAGAUGAGUAUUGGUUGUAGAUCUGCCAAAAAGACAGUUGCAGAAGUGGCCUCCAGUCAACGAAGUAAGAACAUUGCUGUCAGGUAUCAUAAAUCAGACACCAUUCGAGUUGCGCAGGAGUUUCAUACUACCAAUAUCAAUUCUGUUGUUGAAAAGAAACUAGCCAAUGUUGUGGUCAAGUCUUGUUCUGGGGGCUUGCAUUGUGAGGAUAUUGGGAAAUCUUCCGAGACUACAAACAUUGAAACACUGGAAGAUGAUGCUGGAGGUAUUUCUGGAGUAAAAUGUCACAGAGCAAUUUCUGAGCCUUCAAAUUUUACAACAGAAGAGCAGAUUGCAGAAGAGAUGAAAAAUCCUGCACCACCUUUAAUUGUUGACCAUGACAGGCUUAAGAGUCUUCUUGAUUUGCUGGUGAAGAAAAGUAACAUCAUGACUGUUGAUCAGCUUGAGAGGUUAUACGGUGUACUUAGUCAGUGUAUCUACAGGCAUCGAAGAGAUUAUAACAAAUUACAACUUACAGAGGAAUUAGAAAGAACAGUUCAAUCAUUUGAAACAUUCCUGUGAACUCUUACAAGAAGGCAGGGUUAGCCUGCUUGACUGCUAAUGGGAGGGCAGUCUUCUGAGCCAUUAAAUUCCCAGUUGCACCAAGAAUAUUCAGAGCCUUGAUCAUAACUGCUCUCUUUUUCUCUUAAUUUUGGUGCUAAUGUCUCAGGUACCUGAAACUAACCAGCCUACAAGAACCAAACAGAACUACACAUAGAAGUAUCUUUGAAUACUACAGAAUCCGUCAAGACAGUCUGCAGGUUCCGGUGCUAUUGCAUUCUUCUCAGUGCUGCUCUAAAUUCUCUGUGAAGCAUUAUCUCUGUUUGCUAAGAAAAUGUGACAGAUUUUUUUAAAUCAAACAAGGAAACUGGAUAGAGCAGUUUUUCCUUUUUCUCUGUGUUUAAAAUGUAUUAAAUUUUGCUGCGUUCUUUCCUUUUUUUAAAUGUUCACUGUGUAUUGAAGUGAGACAUGUUUUGUUGCUCACAGUUGAAGCUCCUGGUGAAAAGCUGGAAAGACUAGAUGUAAUUAGAGAAAAAGUGCUCUCUUCUGGUUAGAACUGUCCUUGGUGUGCCUUUUUAUCACUGCAUAUAGAUGAGAUGUAAUCUGGUUGUUCUGGUGUAGAAAAUGGAGUACUAAACUUCACCUUUUCAACCAUCAAGAGCUUAGUUGAAGGAGAGAACCGCAAACUGUCCUAUACGUUUAACAGGAAAACAGAGAUAUGAACACUUUUAAUUGUCUAUAUAAACUGAAGGGAUGAAUCUAAAUUAAAAUGAAAUUCUUUAGAAUGGUGACAUAAAAUAAAUAACUAUAUCCUUUAUGAAAUGUCAAAAGCCCCAUUUUAAAAGUUUAUUAAAUUUCAAAGGUUUGAUAGUUUUUCCCAUAUGUAAUGGUAUAUACUCAUUUGAUAAGUCCCUUUCCUUUGAGUUGUUUUUAGCUAAUAUUUGUCAAGAGUAUUUCACUGAAGCAUUCUACUAAUUUUAAAGUAUUUGUUAGUCUUAUCUGCAGCCCAGCAUGUUACAGCAAACCACUAAGUGGCCAUGAUGUAUACUAAUGCAGGGUGGCCAGUAUUACCAUUCACUACGUCAGCUUUCUGUCAGCUACAGGUGUAUCUGACAAAAUAUGCAACACAUUUUCUUUAGAGAAGACUGUCUUGGACUACUGCAGAUGUAUUACUAAGCUACCUCAGCUUUUUGUAUAGUAUUUACCAACGGUGUUUACAGGAUACUGUAAUCACGCUGCAGCUGUUUACAUGCUAAAGCUAAGGUACUUGUUUUCAUGAUACCAGCUCCCAAAUAUGCCACUGCAAAUAGAGAACUCAGACUUGAUUGGCUUUGGGCUACUGCAGUAAUCCAAAGUACAUCUUAGUUUAUGGAUUUAAAGCUUUGAUUCUGUCUUGAAUUUAUUUUUCUGUUUUUUACUUGUUCAUAAAUUUACAUUGACAUCAGAAAAUUGGAAAAUCUUUGUAAAUGUUUCAACGUUGUUAAUUGCAGCCCUUGUAUAACACUGUAUUUUUUUUUUUUUGAGAUUUUUGGGAAGGGGUUAGAACAAUGGUCAGAAGUUUGAAAUUGCAUUUUCUUUAAGUCUCAUAAUCUGUAUGCAUUUUUACGUGUUUUCUUGGCUAUUUAUUACAUAGUACCUGAAUAGAAUAUUUUACUGUUUAAUAUACAUUAACUUAACAGGAUUUUGUACUUGGAUGGAAAUUGUUACAGACUAAAGUUUGAUUAAAUGCAAUGUAGCAAAUUUUUUGUAGCAAGUCUCUGUUGUAACGAUUUUCACAGGUCUCAGGUUCUUGCUGCAUUGUUAAAAUUUGUUUUAGUAUUUAUUCUAGUUUCAUGUUGUGAAAUGCAGAUGUUCUAACAGCAGCACUCAUAAAAGUUAGCCUGGCUAUACAGUUUUCAAAGGGGGAUGCAAACGUUUUGUUUUUAUACUGUCAGUUUUAGCUAAUGAAUUUUUAAUUGUUGCUUAUGUUUUUUAAAUGAAUUUUGAUAAGUUCUUGAUAACUGAUGAAAGACUAUCUUCCCCACAUGUAUGUAGCUACACUUAUUAUGGGUAUCGCUGUUGGAUUCUCUCUAAGUUGAUUCUGUUAGAAUGCUAUGCAGCAGGGUUUAUGUUGUCUUUACAAAUACAACAUCAGAAGACAAGGAGGAUUUGUGGUAGAGCUCCUUCAGUUGCAUGGCUUUUUUGGUAUGUGUAUGUUUUAUGUGCUCACUGUUUUUAAGAAUGUAAUUGUUUUACUGUUACCCCAACUACCAUACAAGUAGGAAAAGACACAAACUAUGGUAAAAAUUUUAGAUAUUCAAAUUAAAAACAGGAUUGCGUAAAAUGGAAACAGCAGUGUAGUGUUAGAAAUAACUGGUUUACUACUGUAGUUGGUUAGUAUACAUAUCAAGUCUGUCGAAGGAACAUUUUCUGUCAGAUGCCAUUUUUCCAGGUUUUGUAGUGUUGCAUCCAUCUUCUAGACUGCUGAAUUUACCAGCAGUGAUGAAUUAGUUUUCUGCGGAAAUUAAUUAGCUCAUUGCAAUAUACUUUUUAUCCUUUUCAGUUACCAUGCUUGCUUAAAAAUUAAAUGUGUUAUGCAAGUUGCCGUACUGCUGUGAAUUUUGUGCCCCGCCAUGAACAUUUAUAGGGCACUUCCCUUAGUUCUUCAUUAUUUGUUGUUACUGCUGAACAUGUAGGAUAUCUUUGCCUGCCUUUUCAUCCAUAUGGAAAAAUCAUACAUCUCUGUAUAGUUUGGCUCUGUGCCCUGGAUCAGUUUUUGUGAAUUUAGAUUCCACUUCUUCUUUCCUGCUACCAUAUUUGUGGCAUAGUUUCCUUAAAGGGAUUGAAAUAGUGAAAGUAGCUAAAGAUCUGUUGUUAACAUGUUUGCUACAGUAAAACCAUUGAGUAAGAAUGUAUUUCUUCAAGUUGAGUCUUAAAAUUCAGUAACAUCAAUUUCUGAUUGCAGUUGCUAGGAUACCAAGGCAAAAGGUUGUCAGCAGUUUUCAUCUAGUGACCCCUCCAUCUACUGCUGUCCAGCUGUGUGUGUGUGUCAUUCAUUCAUUCAUUGAUACAGGAUGACAUCUUUCCUUGUUCUUAGCUGUGUAGGACUAAGCUCAAUACAUAAUGUAAUAUGGGCUUGUUCAGUAUUUGUCCAUUUGCUGUUUUUUAACAUUCAGUAACAAGUGCAUCUGAGAUACCAAGUAAAGUCCAGGGAUGUAAUGUGUAGUUGCCAGUACUGUCUAGGACCUUUGUUACUUUUUGUCUGCCUGGUUGUGGUUAGUCUAAUCCUGUGACCAGAUAGAAGAAAUAAUAAAAGGCAAUAAAACACCACCAUCUGGUAGAAUCAUUUCAUUGGCUCUGCACCGAAUAACAGCUGGGGUCUCUUCCCUGAGAGACCCAUUCUUGGUCAUUCUUCUAAGAUUUCAAGUUUCCAUACCUUGGUUGUUUGUAGACCGGGGCAGGGAGAGUAAAUGUUCACCUAUUCAUCAUAACAAAAAAUCAAGACUCUCAGAGGCGCUGCCUUCAUUAUCUGACAAAGCUAAUGGAAAUGCCAGUACUACAAUCCAGCUACUCAUAAAUGGCAUUCUGAAAUCUUAUCUAAGCAUUGGGAGUGUGCAGAAUGGAGACAGCACAUAAGUUAGCUAGAGUCUCUCUUCCAUGAUCCGAGGCAGAAGCCACAUUGGGGCUUGGUCAGGCAAUGAGGAAACCAGCCUCUGCUAAAGCCUGAACCUUUUGCUGAAUCUGAUGCCUCUUGAUGAUAAUGAGUUCCUUUUUUUUUCUCUCACUAUCUGGAUUCAGCCAUCUACAUGUAUACACACAUAGACAAAUAUUUAUGUAUGUGGGGGGGGGGGGGUUCAGACAAGUGUCACCUUGGCAACAGCUGUUGAGAGCAAGACCUGGUAGUCAAGAUCUACUCCUCCAGUGCUUGAGCAUAUGGCUACCUGGUCGUGUUAUAAACUAGACAUUUAGGUUCCUGGAUCCAAGGGUUCUUUACUUUUUCUUCCCAAAGGUCAGGGCUCACUGAUAAGACAGAUGAACCUGAACAAAACCCCUCACAGCUGCCAUCUGUUUUAUGCUUGAUAGGUGACAACCAGAUGGAUGAGGGGGGAUGCACAGUCUGUAAACAUAGCUUGAUACUGACACAUGGCCUUGCACUAGCACCUUACCUCCUGUCACUUUCCUUUAUGUUUGGUCGUCUUGUUCAUCCCAAACGUGUGACUGAUGUUUCUUCUGUGUUUGAGUCAUAGGAAUAGUGCAUGAUGGCUUUCAGGUUGCUAGUGUGUGGGGAGUGCUGUUCCUCCCCACUCCAAGUCCUUUUGAGCAUUGGAGACUGAAGAGAUUGUAGUUCUUGUCUGAGAGAGACAAGUGUAGUGGAUGCUCUUCCAUUAGCAUUUCUACUGAUUACCCUGUUUUUGUGGGAACACUGGUUUGUGAUGUUCAGACUAAUUUACAGGGUUUGAUUCUGACCUUGGAAAAAUUGGCGGCUAGGCUUAAAAUUACUCAGAAGGGCAGCUAGCCUAGUUUUUACCUGUGCACCUAUGAAGGUAUUUUAUCAUCUCCCCUGAAGUUGUUCAACUAGUAUCUAGGAAUGGGCAGGAGGCCUCUGGUCAUCCUUUCCUUUAAGCUAUUUUGUUUUGCACUCAGCGACAUGCACAUGCUGGCUUAUGUGCCCUCACCAAUGAGUGUUUUGCCAUGCUUUGCCAGCAGCUUAAAGCCAUCCAUUACAUUAUUUCUUUGGUCCAUAAUAAUACCUGCAGACUUCAGCAUAUGGCUGGGAGUUCUCCAGAAAGAGUUCAAAACAAAAGUUUUUAUUUUAUUGCCACAGUUGGCCAAAAGGCUGUUACCCAUUUGUUUCACCUGUCCUUAUUCCAGUUCUUUUGUGUUCAAUCAGGCAUUGCAAAUGUUUGCACAGGUCAUUGAUUCUGGGGGUCAAACUUCACAUUUUAUUCAUAUUGUCUACUGUACUUUGGAUUUAGUGACAUCUGCAUUAGAUGACAUGAUUGAGACAAUUAUCCUUCUAUGAUAAGCUUUCCUAGAUGCCCCAUGUGUUAACAAAGCUCCUUUUGAAGAGCCCUAUCCAGAAACCUACAAGAAUCUCCAGAAAAUAGUGUCUUCAUCUGAGGUAUGUAUGGUCAUACCCCCACCCAUAUUCUUCUUUUCCUGCUAGAAAAUCCAGGCUCUCAAAAGAGUAGGAGGUCUGUUCACAGACAGAAGAGAUUUCCAAAGUGUUAGACAUUUUGACUUCUCCAUCUCUUCCUGUAAAAUGCUCCAGGUUGCAGCAGCAUCACUUUUUUUUCUGACUCCCCUUCAAGGCUGCCUGUGGAAGGCUUAGCACUUUAGGUUUGCCCUAGUCUUGAGAACCAUAAUUUAAGCCAAGUGGUUCUGAAGCAUAGUCUGAAAAAGGGACACAGUCUAGAGCCUUUGUUCAUACUCCCUCUGGUAGACCAUUCUUUGUCUGAGAAUCUGUUAAUGCAGUCAUUCUGUCUUAGGAGCAUUGUAGAGCCUGUGUUGGCCUCAAAGCUCAAAAGCAAUUUCACCUUCUGCCUGUUCUUGGUCCAGAAAAAAACAGGGAGAUAUCCACUCCACUAUGCCAAGUUCCAAGUGAUGGUAAUCUGUUUUUUAUACCUCUUCUAUCACAGAGAGUUGAUUGAUGCCGUUUGGCAUAGGUGUUUGUGAUAGAAAAGGUAGGUUUGCAUUUACUAUGCAGACUAUUCAGCUGGAUUUCCAGACCAUCUUGUACUUUGUCAUCAAGACUGGGGUCAUUGCCAACAACUGCACUGCUGCCACUUAUGUUCUGUGUUUUCCUUUAUUGAAUAUUGUGGUUUGGAUAUUCAGUCCAAAAACUGAGCUGCUUUUGACACCUCUGUGCUCCAUAAUUCCAUCUUAUUUCUUGUCUUUUGUCAGAAGGUCUUUAUGGCUCCUACCAUCAGUGUUAUACAGGGGUUGUGGAUACUAUGUAAGAUUCUUCAUGGCUGCUCCCUUACUGCAGAAGAUAUCCUUGAUGUAAAAAUGCAAAAAAUAAGAGUGCUCAACAUUUUGGUUGAUGCUUAAGAGGGUUCUUUGCAGUGGUAAUUCUUGCAUCCUUCUCACAGUCCUUUGUGUGUUGAGUUUUAAAAAAAACACUUGAAGCACGUUUCUUCAAUCAAAUGUGAUCUUUAUUGGAAGUCAUUCAAGUGCUGCUCAAUACUAGUGAAAGGUUGUUUGUGUUUUAGAUUUUUAAGUUGGUAUUCUUGUCAACUUCCAGCAGAUGAUAGCUAGACCAUGUGGGCAAUUUAAAAUUGUACAGCGUGGGAAGGGGCACCACCUUCUAGUGCAUUACAAGGAUGCCACUGCAUGCAUCAUUGGUGGCAGUGGAUUUGCUGGGUUAAAGAAGAGCUCUCUGAAAUGGGCUGUCAGGAGAGUUAAGUACCAGCCAUAUCUCCCCACUACAGGAAACCAUGUUGGAGAAAGAGCUCAUACAAUGUGGCAAUAUUUCACUGACCCAUAAUGCAGUCUGGAAUUUAAAACUUUGUUUAUUAUUUAAUUAACUGUGAUUUUCUGUUCCAUUUACUUCAUCUGAAAACAAGUUUGAUUUUGGUAGUUUUCACAGACUGUUGAAAGGAUGCUUCCAUUGUAUCCCAUAAGGUUUGAGUUAGUUUAUGCAGAGGUCAUAAAUUCCCGUUUAAUUUAGUUUAAACUGGAGAAAAAGCAGUGUGCCAGUUGAGAGAGUCUAGCCCUAUAAAGCAUGGGGAAGAACAGAAUUCUUUAGACAGUAGAAAUCUCUCAAAGUCCUUCUGGUUUUGUGGGAGGGUAUACCUGAAGUUUCCAUUAAGUUGGAAAAGAAUAAAGUUAAGAAUUGCUGAGAUAUAGUAAUAAUACUAGUCAUUUAAACUUUAUUGAAUCCCUGUUGUGCUAUUAGUCAGCUUGUGUGAAAGAGCUGGAGAAGGUUGUGUACAAAUAAGAUGAAAUGCAUCUCUGGAGAUGGCCUAUGGUGAGGACAUCUUACUCGUUUGCUUGCAGUGUCUUUCCCUCAUUCUGGCCUCUCCUUGUCUGAUGCAGGUCACCCCAUCGGUAUCUGCCAGAAAAACAAUCUGCAGUUAGGUUGUUCCUGCAGCUGAGAGCCACUUUGGCAUAACCUGUAAGAGAUUAAGUCUUGGUUCAAAAUCUCAGUUGGGAAAAUCCCAUUAGUAGCCAAAGCUUUGUUGGAACUCUAGGUGCGUUUUAAAAAAACACUUGAAGAACGUUUCUUCAAUCAAAUGAGAUCUUUAUUGGAAGUCAUUCAAGUGCUGCUCAGUGCUAGUGAAAGGUUGUACAGUCAGCUCUAUAUAUUGUACAGAGUGGGGGCGUAACCGGGGUCAUCCUCCAUUCAUUGCGUGUGGGUGUGUUUAAGGGCUGCUGCCUGUAUUUUGAAACUUGUGAUGUGUUGGGGAUGCCCAGUCUAACCCUUGAGCUCAUACGUGUGCAUUUAAAUAAACAUUAUCAUCUUUUAUAAAAAAAUCAGAGUGAUAUGCUAUAAUAGUUUGCUUUAAAUAUUAAUUUUAAAUACACUACAAAUCCGUGAACCAUCCAUAAAGUUUUGAGCAAGUGAAAUAAUCUUGUUUGCUAAAAUUCCGUAAAAGAACUAAAUAAAAAUAUGCCAUAGCAGAGGACUGAAAGGGGUAAACUGUCCAUUUUAAAAUAUGUUAAUAAUCAGCUUUUUUGUUCUGGCAAAAGUAUGUUUGCUUCUGAGCUGCACUGACUUGUGAAGGUGCUUUCGAAAAACCAUCAGGAAUGCUGUCAUAUGAGUGAGCUAGGUUAAGAUUUCUAACAUUAAUCAAUGAGAGCAUGCAGUUCUAGUCUAGCAUGUCAGGUUGAAAAUUAAUUCUGUCCCUAAAAGGUCACUUAGAGAGUAGAGCGGUCAGGAUUUUUUUAAAAGUAUAUGCCGCACGCAGGAAGGCUGCUAGAAGUGAAUUGGGAGGGGAGACUGGUAGGGAGGGGUUUCAGAAAGAAGGAUUACCCUGUUCGAUGACAGUGGAGUGGUGGUGGGCGAGCUUUUUGGAAGGAGAGACACAGGGUGGGGAUUGGAUUGAGGGGGGGGUGGAACUAGUCCAUCCAGUAAAAAUAGCUGAGUGUCUGUGGGAUAUAUUGGAUUAGCGGCUGGAGUCAUGAGGUUAAACUUGAAAAAUGGUUUGCAAUUUGUGCGGUGUCUUUUGCCCCAGGGGACAAGUUUGUGUGGUGGUUGGGGUAAUUGUACUGAUGGUGAGGAAUAGAUAAAUAAAAUGGAAACACAGAAUUUAAGUUGCAGUCCAAAACAGCUGUUGGAAUAUCAGUAAUUGAAUGGGAUGCCGGAGGUGAUCAGAAAAUAUGAGAGCUUAUGUUAAAACAGAAUUGGGCAAUGGGGAUGGGCAAAUUCUGCUGUAAUUAGGCAGGUGGAUGAACAAACUCAAAGGGAAACCCGAAAACCUGUCAUUUGGAGGGGAAAUUUCUGCUGUUAGGCAAGUGGAUGGGCAGAAUCUACAGAAGGGAGAUCAGAUGUGAGGGGAGUCCAUUUAAAAAUGUGCUAAAGCUGAGUGGCUGGAUAGAAAGUGGAGUUUGUAAGUGCUGGUGGGCCAGCUUUAAAGGAAGAAAGACUACAGAGUUUAGAAUGGUCCAAGACAAAAAAGCUGCUCGGUAUGAGUACAGAUCAGGUGUGGGGGGAAAUUAUCGGAAUUGUAGCUAGGGUCAGACACUUCGGCUGAUAAUGGAAUGUGGCAUGUGUGGAGUCUGGCACCAUAAGGGCACAGAAUGAGGCAGGAAGGGGUCUUAUGGAGAAGAUUAUAGAUGACCUAUUUAAACAUGAAGAUAAACCGAAAGAUAGGGGAGGGGGGGACUGAAUAGAAAAGCCGGAGGAGUAGUGUGGGGAGCAAGGCCAAACUUUAAAAAUUAGCUAUCGCUAAGGAGGUCCCAAGUGAAUGUAAUCCAGAGGAGGAACACUAACUUGUAUAAAGGGAAGCUAAAUUGAUGGAAACCUAAAAGAGCUAAGGUCGGCGAAUCGGAAACUCGAAUCUAAAAAAAAUUGUAACAACUCAACGAUAGGUAAAAAAAUAAGUAAAAUUAAAUGUUUUAACCAAAAAAUACUAAGAAUAAUCUACUGGCUAAAAAAUGUUAAUAGCACAACAGGGAUUCAAUAAAGUUUAAAUGAUUAUUAUUAUUACUGUAUCUGAGCAAUUCUAAAUUUAUUCUUUUCCAACUUAAGGGCAAAUUCAGGUAUACCCUCCCACAAAACCAGAUGGACUUUGAGUGAUUUUUACUAUGCAAUUUAGUUUCAGAAUUUACUCAGACAUGAUAACCACCUAGUAGUCCAUUUAUCUACUAUGUGCCAGCUCAUGGUAAGGGUUUCCUAAGAGGCUGGAUGUAUGCAGAGCCAUUAAACAUCUUAUGGUUAGAACUACCAGCACUGAUGAGAAUGUUUUUAUUUUCAUCAAAGCAGGAACAUUUGCAGUCAUUUAGUUUCUGCUUGGUAAUUUACUUUAUUCUCUGCUUCCUGAAGUAAAUCCUUUUUAUGGUUCUGUCAAAUUACACUACCCUGUAAUGAUAGCAAUAUUUGCUUCAAGAUUUGUAGUAGUUUACACUGCCACAGCAUGGUAUAAGGUAUAUGCCUUCACAAAAGUGUGUGGCUUUGAAGUUGCCUUCUUGAAAUCUUCCCACCUCAUGUCACCAGUAAUGUGGAAUCUUUCAAUUUGAGCAUUGACUUGCUGAGUUAGGUAUCUCAAAGAAGAGAACUGAAGUAUGCUGGUGACCUGCAUUAAUAUUUGAUCACACCAUUUCAGUUAGCAGACAUGCAGCCCAUCUUUUCAUCCCCCCACAAAGGGCCUGAGUCUGCAGGAUUCUUUGAUCGUUGCCUUAACUAAACUAACUUUGAACUUAAUUUUGUUUUGCAAGUCAUUUGACCUGAUUUUUAUCAAAGCUUGUGGCGUGUGGUGCUCUUUGUCAUUAAAGAACUAAGAAGGUUGUCACUACACCCUUCCAUUAAGCUCAUGCCAGUGGUGGGGUGAACACUGGUAUUGCUAAAUAAGAUUUGCCAGUGAGUUACCACCUGAUGUUGGGAAGAUUUUGCCUACUUCAUUGCCUAUUUAAUGGUAUGGUCUCAUAGCUUUAGUACUGAGCCAGUUACCUUUUUUGUAAAAGGAAGUAUUGUUUAUGGCUACUUCUCCCGAUCAGUUUUUUAUGAAGUUGUUCUGCUUAUCUUCCUUUCAGUUGGUAUAAUUUCCUUGGUGAAUAGCACAAUGUGAUGAUGAUGAUGAUGACCUAGUAGGAACGAUAAUAGCAUUUAGUGGUAAGUAAAUGAAGGAUGAAGCACUGACCUGUUGAUGUUAGUAGUACAACUACCAUUUUGGAUGGUACCCUGGUUCCAGGAGCUGUGUGGAAUGGACAAUAAGAUGCCUUCAUUUUGUAGAAAGAAGCAGCAUCUUUGGCUAAAUUGCCAGAAGUGUUUUGACCAUAGAGAAAACUAGGUCAGGAAGGUAGAUGGUUGUUUUUAACUUUUAUGUACACUGCAUCAAACAAUUAUGACCCAAUUGUGAGGAGAGACUUUUUUGGGAGGUAGAGGUUGUAUAAGUUGCAGCAUACUAUCAGAAUAUGUUGGAUGUUUGUGAUGUAACUAAUGGUAUACAAGACUGCAUGCCAAGUCCUAGCAAUUUGUAUUUGAAGGCAUAACUUGAUGAACUGGCACAACCAGCAGCAAGGUUUAUUUUUAGUUUCUACAGCCAUAACAGAAAAAUGUAAGGAAGAUAUUCCAUAUUUAGAUGCUACUUGGGCAGCCUUUUCGACCAGCAGCAUAAUCGCUGUUGCAGCAUCUGUAUGACACAGAUGUAGUCUUUAGACAUAACAUAAGCACUGUUGUUUUGGCACUUAAGUCUGCAACUGAAUGAAAGUAUGCAAUGAAGCAUGAUGAUUAAAAAAAAAUUAUGAAUGUUUCAAGUUUUUAGACUGUUGCUCCAUUACAGGCAAAUACAUUUUUUGCUGCUGCGUAACACAUAUUGUUAUAUUUGGUGUCUUCAAGUACAAAAGUUUAUUUUCAGUAUAUAUUUGAAGGUUCAAAAUAAAUACAGUUCAGAGUUCUGAAGUAACUUACCACUUACAUUUUGCUUGUGUAUAUUUGUGAAUA